AAACUAAAUAUAAAGAUGUUUGGAUAUGGCGCUCUUGCAGCCCUAGGAGGCGCGAUUCUCUAUGCAAAUCUUCCUACGAGACUAACGAUUGGUGCCGUCGUUCCCACAGUUCCUUACCUUUCUACAGCGAAGUUAAUUCCUAUUAAAGAUGAAGUUCAAGUUGAUGAGACGAAUGCGAUACAGGCUUCUUCAUUGUUCUCUAAAGGUCCGACCAUGGUGAUGGCAGUUCGCCGUCCAGGAUGUCUUUUGUGCCGUAAAGAAGCUGCUGAACUUAGUUCGCUUACCCCGAUUAUGAAGGAAGCAGGCAUCCAAAUGGUUGCAGUUGUGCACGAGGUUAAAGGCGUGAAUGAAUUCAAGCCUUAUUUCAAGGGUGAUGUCUACUUCGAUAAAGAGCGCCACUUUUAUGGUCCUAACCAACGUUGGCUGCCGUUAUGGAUGGGAUUUCUUCGUUUAGGAUCUUAUGUGAAUAUAUAUAAGGCGAUGAAAGCUGGUUUUCAAGGUAAUACAGAUGGAGAAGGGCGUCUUCUCGGAGGUGAAUAUUUUACUUGGUCUUGA